AGAAAUUAAGCAAAUACUAAUUAUCACAAAUGACUUUGAAGUCUACAUAUAUCCGAAGAGAGUUGUCAUAAUUCAUAUCAUACAACGAAAUACAAAUUUGUUACACGUCUUAAUUAACUUUAUAUAUACUUAUAAUAACCUACUUAACGCGUCAAUUUCAAUAGGAAGAUAUCACAAGAAACUAAACUACAAAGCUAUAUGAAACCUAAUGGAAACAAUUAUCUAACUCGAAUGUUAGGUGUAUGGAUAUAAGCCAUAACAUUAAAGUUUGCACUACCAUGUGUUACUUUUUUUUUUUGCAUUGUCAUAUCCCAAAACGGAAAUCAUUGUAAAACAACCAAUCAACACAACUUACAGAAUGGCUGCAACAAGAAACAAAUAUAAAGAUGAAGAAUUAGACCUACUGAUUGAAGUAGAAUUAAUCAGUUUUCAAUUCAAUAUCCCUUCAUCAUGACUGUCAUAAUGUUGAAUCCUGCCGUAUACCAAUUGGAUUCAGAUAUUGAAUCGAAUCCUGUAGAGGAAGAUCAUUAUACUUCCAGAUCUAACAAAUGCAGUUGUGAAUCUUGUGAAUUCAUUAAUGAUAACUAUCAGAAAGCUGUUAAAUUGUUGGUAUGGGGGAUUUUAUUCCCACCGUUGUGGAUAUAUGGAUUAUGGAUAUUAAUGUAUGGUUUAGUUUGGAAGAGUCAUGCUACUAUCAGAUACGACCAAUUUAUCGAAGUAUUUAAAUCAAGAAUUUUCAACAGAGACGAAGAAGCCCAAUAUGACUUAGAGAGGAAUAUAAUCAGUGGUGAUGAUAUGUAUAUUAGAUAUCAUGACACAUUGAGAGAUAAAUUCCUGACUUUAAUAGGAUACACACUACUUGCAAUUAUCAUUUCCAAUAUCAUUGUCGUACUUUUUGUUUUUGGUAUCAGAAGUGAACAUCUCAAAUAUAUCAACGAUGUUAAUUCAGGUUUAACUAAAGAUACCAGUCGUAUUAACUAUGGAAGUUAAAGUCCUGUGAUAUGUUUUGGAUACGUCUCCCUUUUUUGACUUCUAUCGCAACCAACCAAAAUGUCAGAUACGAGUCAGAAAAACAUUUUAACUCUGACACAGAUUUUCUUUUUUCAUGUGCAGAGUCAAAUGGUCCGUG